CAAAGACCACAAGUUUCAAAGAUUUUUUUAGAGAGCUGCAACUCAUUCACUUGCUUAUAUAAAAUACACAUAAGCCACUUAUCUCAAUCAUCAACAAACAACAAGCAAAUCCAAUUAACUUGAACUCUUUUCAUACAUCUCUUCAAAAGAAUAUAGAAAUGGCUUUGGUGAGAACUCUCUUGGGUGCAAAAAAGGUUCUUAGCUACUCCUUAGCAGCAGCUUCUACGAGCAAAAGGGCAACAUCGGCGGCACCAAAAGGGUUUCUUGCGGUGUACGUAGGAGAGAGCCAGAAGAAAAGAUAUAUAGUGCCAAUCUCAUACCUGAGCCAGCCUUCCUUUCAAGCUCUGCUCAGUAAAUCCGAAGAAGAGUUUGGGUUUGAUCAUCCAAUGGGCGGCUUAACAAUCCCUUGUCCUGAAGAUACAUUCAUCAAUGUGACUUCUCGGCUUCAGCAAUGAUGAUUAUUCACCAUUUUUGUUCUUUAGACUUACAAGUAGACUUAUUCAUUGUAUAUAGAUGAGGUUUUUCUUCUCCAAGAGUUUCUUGAUAAGGUUAUAAUCUGAGUUCCUUUUCAUUCAAUCAACACGGUCAUGUUAAUACAUC